UUAAAAUAAAAAGAGGGAGAUAUUUUAAAAUAGAAGGGGGGGAAAGAGACACUGAGAAAGUUGUGCUUUUAUGUGUGUGUAGGUCGGUCAGUCUCUGCGACGAAACUCAUGCGGGAUGUUUGGCAGGGAAAUUUAUACGAAAAAAGUUUCUAGUUUUUGUUGUUUAUGCGGGUUUUGUUAUAUUUCUAUAUAUAUGUGUAUGUAAAGUCCGUGAGAAUUGUUUAUUGUUGUUGAAUCAGUGAACUAACUGCUUUGAAACAGACAUAAACAGGGGGCAAAAAUAUUGUUACUCCAAAAUAAAUGUUAGAAUUUGUCUCUUGUAUUUGACUAUCGACUUCUCAUGUGUAGUGGAAACUUCGUGAGUUGGAAAUCUACAUAAAGACACAGAGGAAGUUUUUUGUUCACUUUUUUGUACCUUUCACCAUGGUAUAUGUGAUUGGAGUACAUCAGGCGAUAACCGUACGCUGUGGUAAUAUGAACCGUCCUAUCCAAGUGAAACCAGCGGACAGUGAAAACCGCGGAGAAGACAGAAAGCUGUUUGUGGGUAUGCUUAGCAAGCAACAAACUGAAGAAGAUGUACGCCAGUUGUUUGCUCCAUUCGGAACCAUAGAAGAGUGCACAAUUCUUAGAGGACCUGACGGUACCAGUAAAGGUUGUGCGUUUGUCAAAUUCAGCUCACACCAAGAAGCCCAAGCGGCUAUCAACAGUCUACACGGGAGUCAAACUAUGCCGGGAGCUUCCUCAAGCCUCGUGGUGAAGUUCGCGGACACAGAGAAAGAGCGUCAGCUGCGUCGCAUGCAACAGAUGGCCGGCAACAUGAGUCUCCUCAACCCUUUUGUCUUCAACCAAUUUGGGGCAUAUGGUGCCUAUGCACAGCCCGUGCAGCAACAGGCAGCUCUGAUGGCAGCUGCUACAGCUCAAGGCACUUACAUCAAUCCCAUGGCAGCUCUUGCCACACAGAUCCCUCAUGCAACCCUCAAUGGCAUGGCCAACCCCGUUGUACCACCCACAUCAGCUCUUAUUUUAGGUUCGGGUUCAGGCCAGCCCGUUAAUGGCACCAUUCCUAGCCUGCCUUCCCCGACCAUGCCCAACUUCAACAUGGCAGCACAGACCCCAAAUGGGCAACCUGCUGGCUCUGACCCAUCCGUCUACACUAAUGGCAUUCCGCAGACAUAUCCUGCGCAUGCGCUCCACUUGUCCAUUCCAGCACAGGGUCUGCCAAAUGGAGAGGCCGCAUUACAACAUGCUGCGGCCUAUCCUGGGAUGCAACCAUAUCCCGGUGUUGCGUACCCCGCUGCUGCGGUUUACGGCCAGUUCCCGCAGGCCAUUCCCCAACCGAUGUCCACCGUCCCCCCUACGCAAAGGGAAGGCUGCUCCAUCUCAGGACCAGAAGGCUGCAAUCUGUUUAUCUACCAUUUACCUCAGGAGUUUGGCGAUGCUGAACUGAUGCAGAUGUUCUUACCAUUCGGCAAUGUUAUCAGUUCCAAGGUGUUCAUUGACCGCGCCACCAACCAGAGCAAAUGCUUUGGAUUUGUAUCAUUUGACAACCCAGCAAGCGCCCAGGCUGCAAUUCAGGCCAUGAAUGGUUUCCAGAUCGGCAUGAAGCGUCUCAAAGUGCAGCUGAAGAGGCCCAAGGAUGCCAAUCGCCCUUACUAACCCCCACUGUAGCCUAGCCACUGCAGCAGCAGCUACCAGCAUGCACAGAUUUUUCAGUUAGCCUUGUGUGGUGCAAGACAAGAGACCAAUCACAGUACUUCAAGAUGUCAGCAUCUGAACCUGCACCAGAAUACAUCCAGGGCUACCAAUCUUCCUUCCGAUGACUACAUCACUCAUCAUGAGUCCUACAGGAUGUUUGGCGCCACUCUUCCCCUGAAUCACAACUGUAGAAGUGGCAGUAGCGGUGACAGAGUGUGGAAUCUUGACCCUCCCGAAAGGUGACAAUGGGAGAUGAUUGCACACCACAACUCUACAGCUCUACAGCUACUACAACAGUCACCAUAACUUUCUUCUACAUAUACACUGCUACAAAGCAACUGAAAAUAAUCAUUAAUGAUGACUGGGAAUAUCUUCCCAUUGCCAAGGAUGGGGCAGUACAUAAAUCUCCAUAUACUUCCUGACAAGUAUUAGCAUUGUGGUGCAGGAUUAUAUUAGACCUCCGGCCCACGGAACAAAUUAGUCAUCUAGUAACAAAAUCUUAGUGUAGUGAAUAGAUUUUAAAGAAAGCUUCAUAUUCUUAUCAUUAUUAUAUACAAUUAUUAAUAUAACUUAAGUAUUUAUUAUACUAAUAUUUCAAGAUAACUACCUGCAAUGAGGUGAGUGACUUAACCCAUUUUGCUUAGUACUUUAAGAUGAUGAGCAUGGAUGAAUUAUGAAGGUUAUAUUGGCUGUUGGCCUCUAGUUAAGACAAGGGCUCUGUAGCACAAGAAUGGCUAGAAAGCCACCAGCAAUGGUAAACUGAUGACAGAAACAGGCUAGGGACUGAGCACACAUAUUUUGUCUGUACAUGUGCAUGCAUGGCAGGAAAGUGUAGCAUUUAUGACUUGAAAAAUUCCAAAUGGGCUGUGAUCUAUCUACUAAAUUAAAAUAAAGGAAAGUAAAUAUGAUGUGUAAAACUGUACAGGCUGUUUAUGUCUUCUUGUUUGUUCGUAAAGUAAGCUGGUGGUUUGUUGUCAUUUAAAAGAAAAGUAAUGUAACUAACUCAGUGUUAUUUUUGGUGUAAUGGUCAGUAUUCUUGGAAUUUUAACGGUGCAUAAACAAAAUAAGAAACGAAGUAAUGUUGAUAAUAUGACAGUUAUAUAUGUAAGGUGAUUUAUUUUUAUUGCCAAAAGAUGUGAUGUUGAUUACACUGUUGACACUCUGUCUCACUGAUGCCUGUUUCUCUCAUUUGCUACACAGAUUGCUUGCAUGCAUGUCACAUGUCUGAUUGGCAUGUCAGAAUAUAUAUAAACGCUUAUUAGUUUGGUUAGUGGCAAGACUUGGGCUUUUGAGGAGGCCAACAGCCAAUUGAUAAAUCAUUCUUGAUAUCGUUGCCAAGUUGCACAAGUAUUCACUGGGAUUUUUAACUCCCUCCCCCCCACCACCCCAUAUGUAAUUAAUAACCUACAAGAUGAAACAGUGUAACAAUACCUAAUAUUUAUAAUGAAAAUGAUACAAAAUAAUUAAUAAUGUAAUAUUUCUACUACAGUUUUAGCAAAUAUUAAUUCAUAACCAAAAUACCAAAUUAUUCAUACAUAAACAUGAAACCAUACAUACGUAGUUUGUAGGUAUUGCGAGCAUACAAGGGUUAAAGUACAUUUAGUAGUCUAUAAUCAUAGCAACUCCCAGAAAGCCAAAGAUAAUAGGAGGGGUGUUUCUACUUUUUCUUUCAUAAAAUAUUUAUUCAUAUUUCAUAAUUAUUUAGAACAUGAUCCUGAAGGGUAUUUAUUUAUAGCAUUACACCAAAGUGAGGAGUAUUCAAUGAAGGCCAUUGUUAUUGUUAAGUUACUGACUGACCAACUGACCAACAAGCUGACUUACUGGCUGACUGACCGACUGACCAAAAGACAGACUGGAUUGGGUCUUAUAGUACAUUACUUGUAUGGAGAAGCAGCUCUAGAUCUAGGUGCACUUGAGACUUGCAUCUUUAAUUUAAUUUAGUUUCAUCAGUUAAUUGCAGAGACAGGUAGACAGCAGGUGUCUUCAGAACAAUCACUUCAUCUCAUAUAUCAAAUAUUUCUUAAUUUUCUGCUUUACAGUUAUGCUCAGACAAACUCACUCACAUAGCAAAUGGCCUACACAUUUCCUUCACCUCUCCAAAUACCAUUGCUCGCUGUACUGACUAGUUGACAGCCUGCUGCCUGACAUUUGUCUCUGGUACAUGAGCCACAUGCUUCUUCACAAACAGAAACUGUUUAUAAUAUCUAGUCAAAAAAGCUUCUCAGCCGAGAAUGGUAGUAUAUAGACAAAGGUAAAACAGAAAUACUGUAGAUUUGUAGGAAAUGUAGUAAUAUAUAUUUAACUUAUUAAAGAAGUAAACCCCAGAAGGACUGGAUAAGAAGAAUUGUAUAGUUAAGUCUAUAGCAUUGACAGCCAGUAUGCGCAUAGAAAGAGCAGUGACAUGUUGUAGAUACGUACGUGUGCAAUAGGAACACAACAUGAUCGACACAUUAUCUUUUUCUGUUGAUGCAUCUUUACUUAAAAAUAUAGUGCAAGUAACAGAUAAUAUUAAUGUAAUUUAUUUUUUGUUUAAGAGAGCUGUGUAAUUUAGUGCAAUUAAUAACCUUGAAGAACAUGAGAUUAAAACAUCAAAAUCUUUAUCAAAUCUUGUUUUACAUUGCUUUAUCUCUACUUCACAUUUGUUCUUAAAUCUUUGAAAAAGAGCUUUUAUUUAGUGAAUUAAUGCAUUCCGAUUAUUUUCUAAUAAAUCAAACACAUUCCCUUCAAAAUAAUUAAAAAAAAAUCGACGAACUGGAAAAAUGAGUUCAAAGAACAUGUUAAUGAUGAGAUUUCAGCAUACUACUUGAGUUUUACUGAUCAGCUGCAAUUAGUGUUGGAUAUGUGCAAUGGAAAGGCAGUUAAUAUAGUUUUGAAAGGGAUAAGCAAGUUUAAUUUCCUAGUCUUAUUUCUAGUGCAGUAACACAAAUGGUGCUCCUUGCAAGAGAUAGUUAGUUGUCUAGCAAACAUGUUGAAAGAGGUAGUUAUUUGUAAUUUAGAUGUAAUUUAUUUUUUAUUGAUUCUAAUUACUUUAUUUAUUUAUUGCCUCACUUGGAGGUUUUAUGAAAACUAGUGAGGAGCAAAUAAAAAUGGAUUGUACAUGGUUAUCACCUAUUAACGACAGCUUGCUAAGCCUUUUGCUACAACCAGCUACAUAUACAUUAAAUUAUAUUUUGAUAAUAUAUGCUGUAUAAAAUUAUCUAUCAAUUGAGUACCUAUCUAUGGGAUGUUCAUUUUUUAUACAUAUUUAUUUUUGUUGUAAUAGCUACCUAUUGUCAUUUUUAUCAAUUGGUGCCAAUAUGUGGUAGUGAAGUUCGUUUUGUUAGUUUCAUGAUAGUCAGUAGGGAACUGCACUUCAAUAACUGUACGUUUGGUGUAUCGGUUGUUCAUAUAUCCUGCGUGCAUAUAGAGCUGCACAGGAUAUGAUGGUAAAGCUUGAAAGAUAGUGGAGAAUUCCAAAAGUUUUGGCAGAGUCCCUUGUUUUCUUUCCUUGAUUGAGGGAAGCAUUUAUUUAAUACAUCUAGUGUAAGUUAACUGUUCCAUUCUUUUACUUUAAACACACGCACAUAUGCACAUACAUACAUCAUCAUCACACAUACACACACACACACAGUACACAUAUACAUACACAAAAUGUGCUCUCACAAUUCCAACAGUUCAAUUAUUGCGCUGCCUUUCAUGUAUGACUUCAACAUAACUUACGGAUCUGCAAAUGAUAAUCUGACCAGUGCGAACUUGUAUGGGGGCGAGGAAAGACAUAAAUGGACAUGAAAGCGCAAGGGAAUGCAAGAACAUUUUUCCACUUGUCUAAUGAUAUGAAAAUAAAAAAAACCCCCACUGCUAUGAAGUGAUUCUUGGAUACAGGGUAUGUUUUUUCAAUUAUUUGUGUAAAUGUUUUUCUGUGAAACCAAAAAAAAAAAAUGGUGUACUCUCUUAAUAGAUUUUUCACGAAUCAAAGGAAACCUAGUGAUCACUUUUCAAAUGCUACGUUAGUGAAAUAUGUGCCGAUCCAACAGGGGGACCCACAGAAUUUCUGUGGAUUUCUUUUAUUAUACAUAUUCUUAGCUGGAAGAAAGAAACCAUAAUCCACUACAUACAUACAGUGGAUGUGCUGUUUGGGCCAUCAAAAGGUCACCUAUGUUUAAAGAGGCAGUCAGCUUCAUGUAGCUUCCAUUCUCUAAGGCAUUGUUUCCAAACUAGUUUAUCCGUUUAAAAUGUAGAUUGACCCAUUUUUGGUUUAAAUGCUCAUUAUAAAAGUUAAGAUCUUGAGUUUUCUAAAACAAUUUUAACACAGUAUUUUCCAUCCAUGCUAUGUAUAGUAAUAUAAUUCUGAUAGUACAUAUAUAAUAUAUGCCAUUUGUAUGAACCCACUUUAUGUUGUGUAUCAGUCACAUCGUAGCUGAGUUAAGCUCUUAAUCACAAAACUUAAAAAUAAACAAAAAAAAAUACAAAACUGGACAUGAGUGCAGGAGAGCACACUUCAAGACUGUCUCAAAUUAAAACUAUGUUGCAAUGAGACUCGUCUGUCUCUCCUACCGAAUCUGACUGGAACGCCCCUCUGAGUUCAUUCUGAUUGGUAGUAGCAGCAGCAUCAGCAUGGACUAAAUAAGACAAGCUCGGCAAAUUAGCCUGUUCCUUCUUUAUUGCAGUUUAUAAUUAUUAUGAUAAUAUAUAAAUAUAAAUAUGUAUGAUAUAUACUAUAUAUAUAUAUAUUUUGAUUUGUUCUUGCCACCAACUGUAAGGCAAGGGGAAUAGGGCAGAUGUGUGGAUUGAGAUAUGCCCUCAAUUUGUAAACCAUUUGCUAAGAGGUGAAGGUGCUGCAAAUGACAAUGUAGGGGAAAGCAGCUUAGGGACACAAGCUUUUAUUGGUAUUUGAUUCACUUUGGGACCAAGCACUUGGUUUUUUUGGAAUUUGAAAAAUGAAAUGCCAUGUAGCAAAUAUGGAAGGAAAUUUGUCCUGAAAGUUGAAUAUUGUUGACUUAAUAUGCUACAAAGUGGAAAUACCUUUCACCUCUCAGCAAAUUUAGGCUGAACUGUUUUGCAAAGUUUUUUUUAGCAACAGAUAUUUUUAAAAAAAUAUUAUUAAAUAAUAAGGACCUGAAUGGUCACAUAAAUAUUCAUUUAAGAAACAAGGAUCUGGCAGUGAAUGGGAAAACUGGUUAUCAGUCUAUUAUGAAAUCUGGUAUACUGAAACUGGCAAAUGUGAAGAAUUUUUUCUUAGUCUUUUUUGUAUUAUUAUUUUUAGUUUUAUGCUAUUUCCUCAUAAAUAUACAUAAUAUACCCCUUUAAUAGGACAUCAUAAAUGGAGGUGCAUUCUCCUAUCUUAGAAUUUGUAAUUUUAAACCAUGUGAACACAUGGUUGCUCUUAAUCUGUACCAGCUAUACUAAUUCCAUAGCAGAAGUGCAGAUGUUUCAUUCAUAUUUCUUUGGAGAGUGUCUUUCAAAGCCAUUGUAAUAUAUAUGAGAAAAUUAUUGAAACUAUUUCUAGUCAUAUACUUUUAUUAAUAACGGGUCUUUGCAUUUAAUGGACCCAGUAUUAUAACCAAGUUAGGUUUUGAAGGGUACUAGUAUCAUUGAUUGCAUUCUUCUGAAGCACUAUCAGAUUUCAUACUGUAAAGUUUUUAAGUUUGAUACAUCUUCUAAACAGUACGAAGAAAGCUGCAGAUGUGACUGGAUAUGAAGUGUGAUCAAUUCUAGUGAAGAUGAUUUGCAAGUAAUUAUUUCAACUUUAGUGUGGCAAUUCAUGAAACAGUAUUAAAUAUAUAUCCAUGAUUUAUCGUGGUCAUAUAUAAUACACAAGAAAAAACAUAAAAAUUAAAAAAAAAGUGCCAUACUAGUUGCGAGGUUAGGUUGUGCUUGUGGUGAACUCUGAUGACAGAUAAAAGAAGUGUGAGAAUGGCAGCAGCUAAUUUAGCAUAUCAGUGUGUUGAGCUUUGACCUCUGCUUGGCAGAGGGCACACUUUUCAUUUUUCAUCUUCAAGUUUAUGAGUCAAACAAGCAAACAAGAGGCCAAAAAGAGAUAUUAAACAAGAAAUUAAAUAAAUAUUUUAAAAAGGUGUGAGCUUCAUUAUAUAAGCAAGCCAUGUGGAACCUCUGUUGCAUGCCAAUUUGAUUAGUUAAUGGUAAUGGUCUUAUGUUAUUGCAGGCUGGAACAUUAAUUCAACAGUGCUGCAUUAAACAAAUACAGUCAUCAGAUUGAUAAAGGAGUGAUUGAUUAUUCAUUACUAUUGAAUAUACUGUAGUUUCAGUAUUAGGUUUUAAUUUCACUUUACAAACAGGGCGAUCAUACAUGAAAUGUAAUCACUGAUUUAGGGCACCAACUAUGAUUUUCUGUGGAUUACUCAUUUAUGGGCUGUUUCAGAAUAAGUGUGUACUUGUGGAAAAUAAUUUAUCAGUAGGGCCUGACAUUGGCCUCUUUCUUGUCUCCCUUUUGAGAGCAUUAUAGAAAGAUGAAGCUGCCUGAAUAUGAGACCAAAUCAAGAUACAACAAAUUCAGAUCAGAAUGGUAUGUCACAUUUUUAGCACAUGUUGAUACAAGAUAAAAUAAUGAUGUAAUUAUCACAAAAAAGAAUCCACAAUAUACUCGUAUGUACAGAAUAGGUUCUGUGGUGGACAGUCACCAAGGACUGCAAGAAGAUGCUUUACUUAGUGCCAGUAACAUACAGUACAUUGCAUGUAUUGGUCAUCCUGUUAAUGAUCUAAAAGAGCUCUGGCUUCCUGUUAUUUUCUUUCUUAGUCUGUUAAAGAAACUUAUUAUAUAAUAUAUAAACAUAUAAAAAAAAAUGAUCAUUAGUAAAGAGUCUCACCUAGAUAGUCAUCAUAACCAUAGCAUAAUUUAUAUAUCCAUAAUUACCAUCCGGAGGGCUGGAUCAUUGUGGUCUAGGGCGUGGGCCUGUAUCUCUGGGUGUCCCUGGCUAGAUACAGGUCAAGCGUAUCUGUUUCAUUUAUUGAAUUAAUGAAAAAUUCUUGUGGCUGCUGAACACCUCUUCUUGCUUUUAGACUGUGUUUAAAGGACAAGAUUACAAGAAUCAUGAAAUCUGGAUUUGUCUCUAAUGCAAGUAAUAAUAAUAAUAAUACAUUAAUAUAAUUUAUAGAAAUAUAUGAAUGGAUUUAGUAGUAUUCAUUAUUAUUGCUAUUAUUAUUCUCAUUAAAUUGUUAUAGGUGGUCAAAUUAAAACAGCUAAAAGCCAUCUGGUGAAAAGAACUUGUUCAGCAACCCAGAAGGUACAAGAACUUUAUAACAGAAUUAAAAAUAAAGUUGAAGAAUAAAACUGAAAA